CGAGAAAGCUGGUUGACAAAACAAGAGCGUGUGCGGAAACAAUCGGUGUACGGUACGCACCCAGGUUGGCGUUUGCUCCCUGUUUUGAUAAAAGCGAAUGAUGAUUUGCGUCAAGAGCAGCUUGCGUCACAGCUGAUAUAUCGUAUGGCUGCAAUCUUGUCUCGGGAACGAAUCCCAGUUUGGCUAUGCCCCUACGAGAUUAUUGCUUUGACUGAUUCUGCCGGCAUUAUCGAAGCAAUACCGGACACUAUCAGUCUUGACUCACUGAAACGAAACGACCCAAAUUACAGCGGGCUUCAAGACUUCUUUUCCUCGCAUUAUGGAGAAGGAACGAAUGAGCUUGCAGACGCUAAAGCUAAUUUUGUGGAAAGCCUCGCAGCAUAUUCAGUUGUUUGCUUCCUUUUGCAGCUAAAGGAUCGACACAACGGAAAUAUCUUGUUAGACAAUCGUGGUCACAUCAUUCAUAUUGACUUCGGUUUCUUUUUUUUAAGCUCACCUGGGAAUAACACUGGAUUUGAGAGCGCUCCGUUCAAAUUGACUCGAGACUUUGUGGAGCUGUUGGACGGGCCGGAUAGCCGUCUUUUCAGAACCUUUCGUGAGUUGUGUGUACGCACAUUCAUUUCACUUCGUCGUAACUGUAUGGAAAUUAUAUUAUUGGUUGAAAUGCUCAAGAAUGGCAACGAGGAGCUAAAUUGCUUCCGUGGGCAACCCGACAAUGCUAUCCAGCAGCUUCGUGAACGGUUCCGGCUGGACUUGAAUGAUCGUGCGUGUAAAGAGUACGUCAACUCGCUUGUGGAUGCGAGCAUUGAGAAUUGGAGGACGGAUUGGUACGAUAGGUAUCAACGCUACUUCGUAGGCGUUCUAUAG